AUGACGUCUCCUAAAUCACCAAAGUCACCUAAAUCCCCAAAGUCGCCAAGGUUUCCACUUUCACCCAAAUCGCCGAGAUUCCCUCUAUCACCCAAAUCACCCAGAACGCUACCGCCAAAGCUUCUCGACGAGGACUCGUCAUUUCGAAUUAUACAUACGCCUGACAGGCCGGAGCGACCGAUAUCAAGACGGGCCAUUCCGAAUGACGAGCAAUGCAUGGAAUUUCUCAUGUCUUUGCAGAGACAAGAGGAACACAAGAGGGGAGGCGUCAAGACGGGCCUCAAGAUGUGGCCGUACCCGGACGAGCAGGAGGCCGAGGACCGUAGGUAUCUGCGGAGCGUGAGGGUCGAAAGUGUUCACUUGGAGGAAGCUCGUCUCGCGAGGACAAAUUCCUCCGGCCCGGCCAAGGUUGUGGAAGUGGGCAGAAGCUCGACCAAGUCGACGAUGGCAUCACGACGAUCAUACCAUACCAGCACACCCAGUGUUAGCAACGCAGGGGACGCCGAAGAAAAGCCCCGAUGCGGCCUUACAGUGGCCGUCGGUGUUGACCCCCUCUCUCCACCGCCGACUCUGUCCCGCAGUCAAUCAAGGCUAAGCUUUCACACGCCAAAAGCCAAUACAUCUCGCUGGUCCGAUGACAGCAUCGAGUCCCUCUUCUCGUCGAGGGACAUGGAUUCGCCAUGCCCUCAGCGAGUUACUGUCCGCUCAUCCUCCGAGGCGCUGUCACCCACUGUCGUCGGGGACGAGUCUGUUGGCUCAUACUCGCCUCCCCUUCUGACGCCAGUGAAAGACCGGCCUGCUACACCGUUCACGGACCCUCGUCUGCGGGCGACAUCCGAACCGAUGACGCCUCCGCCUUCAGAUCACAUUGUUCACCAGAUGAACAUAACUCCUGAGCCGGUGCCGCGGAAGUACUCAUGGCGCUCUUCUAAAGAUACGAUCCUCAAUACAGGGGCCCCGAUAUCAAGAUUCCAGUCGUGGCUACCAGAAGCGCGGCCAGAAGAGGAUUUCGAGGGAGGACAGCAGCAGCAACAACAGCAAUCUGAGCCGGAGGUCUACGGCGAGUGGGCGGACUACUACUUUGAGGACGGCAAUUUCUGGGAUGACUAUUCGGAUGGCGAUGAAGAAGGGGACGAGACUAAGGUAGAGGAAGAGGAGGAUGUCGACGCCGUCGAGAAGGAGGAGCAAGAAGUGAGCGACGAAGAAGACGAAAAGGAGGAAGAGAACGAGGGCCAAAAAGACCGGCUUCGGGUCGACGAUGAGGAGGUUUAUCCGCGUUACGAGAGUUUUAUCAAGGAUUACAAGAACAACGUCAUGAAUAUCACGGUUACGGAGAGUCUAAAUACCGCAGCUAACAACAACAUCUUGGGACGCCUCCAUCCCCUGACUUCGGAUACUACAAGGUCUCGGCCUUCCUCGGUGUAUAUGGCUCGGUGUGGCCCAAGCUCCAAGCUCCCAAGCUCCCCCAAAACUUUCACCUCACACUUGAUGUACCCUUUCGUCUUCCUCCCACAAACUUCAUCUCAUCUACAAACUCCCUCACGCCAUCUAAUGCCUCGCCUACCGCCCUGCCUCUUCCGCCGCGCCCACGCCAUCUCACCCCAUGCCGCCGUCCUCCUGCCGGCGUGCCGCGAUGUACCCUCCGCGGUGACCGAGCUUCGCUGGAUCAGGUCGCACGUCGCAAGCAGCGGUAGACAGCCGUCGUCAAGGGCGCUUCUGCCCAGCCAAGAUGAGCAAGAAGCCCGCGUCGCACGCCUCUGCGCAAAACGCGGCCGUGGCGUGCCGCUGCAGUACGUUCUCGGCUCUCAGCCCUUUGGAGCACUCGACAUCAAGUGCCGGCCCGGCGUGCUCGCCCCGCGCGCCGAGACGGAGGCGUACGUGAUCCAUCUGGCCGACAUGAUCACGCUCGGCCAGCUGGAUGGUUUCGAGAACAGAGAGCUGCGUGUCGUGGACUUUUGUACGGGCACUGGGUGUAUCGCGCUCGCGCUGUACGAGCGUCUUACACGAUGGGCCAAGAAGCUUAGCGUCACGGGCGUCGAUGUCUCGCCCAUCGCCGUCAACCUCUCGCGAGAAAACUUGCGGCGCAACAUGGCUACGAAUUCACUCAUACCGCCGUCUACCGACAAGGAGGUGACUUUCCGAAAAGCAGACGUCUUCCAGGAGGCUGAUAUGCAGUCGCUUCAACGAUGCGACGUACUAGUAUCAAACCCGCCGUACAUAUCACGCAAUGUUUGGACCUAUGGUCAGGGCCAGAUGGGCUACUCUGUGCGAAAGUACGAGCCGAAGCUCGCGCUCGUGCCGGGGGAGAUGGUGCCCACGUAUGAUGGGUGUGACCAUGCCGACGUCUUUUACGCUAGAUUGCUCGACAUUGGAAGUCGGCUAGGCACGCGAGUCUUACUAUUUGAGGUGGGGGAUGAGGAACAGGCUCUUAGGGUCGUCAAGCUUGUCAGACGCAAUGACUUUACGAGACAUGCUUUGUGCGAGCUCUGGAGGGACUGGCCAGACUUGUCGCCCGAAGAGGAUGAAGUUAGUUCAUUCGAUGUCGAUGGGGAGAUGAUGACUGUCAAGGGCAGCGGGAAUCACGUUGUCAAACCAUCUUCGCGAGCCUUGGCGAAUUUGGAGUCCGGGGGCUUCAUCGACUUGGAAAAUGAAGCCAGCAAACUCCCGCAGUACGACCCCGCUACGUGCCCGGAUGGAGUCAUUGACCUCUCCGGUGCCAUCAAUGGUCUCAUGGGCGAUGUUCUGGCAGAAGAGAUGAACCGAUUUUCCAAGGCUUACGAUUUUGUGAAAGGCAUGGCAACUCGAUACGGUGAUGUUAUGGGACCGAAAGAGCUAGCCAAUGCAAUGAGUAGCUUUGUAAAUCGCUAUUUCGGUCCUGUGCGGUCGGUCACAUCCGAUGACAUACUGGUGACCAACGGCGUGACCUCACUCAUAGACAUGAUGGCAUUCGGAAUGUGCGAUCCAGGCGAGGGCAUUAUGGUCAUCACUCCAACUUACGUGAUGUUUCCCCACGAUUUGUGCGCCAGAGCAGGCGUCAGUUUGAUCAAGGUCAACCUCGAGCCUAUGGAGAGCCAGUUCGACGAGAAAUCUGCCCCUCUGCUAAUCGAAGCAAUGACCAAAGCCUACACCGCAGCUCUGGCGGACGGUAUUAUUCCCAAGGCCCUCCUCCUCUGUAACCCGAGCAACCCCUGCGGCCGGACCUACCCACGCACUACCCUCGUCGAGAUUGCGAGAUUCUGCGGACAAAAGAACAUGCACCUUCUAUCCGACGAGAUCUACGCCAUGUCGACCUUUACCGGCACAACGGACGCAGAUGGACAGGCGCUUCCCCCAUUCACCUCCGUGCUAAGCAUACAGGAUGAUCCACCUCGCGGUGUGCUCGCUGAGAACAUCCACUCCAUGUACGGCGCAAGCAAAGACUUUGGCUGCGGCGGUCUGCGGCUCGGAUUCCUCGUGACGCGGAACGAACUCCUCUGGCGUUCUCUGAGGAGGUUAGUGCUGUUUACAUGGGUCUCGACUUUCUCAACUGCAUUCUUCACGCACUUCUUGCUUGACGAGGAAGUCGUCGGGAGAUACCUGAAGACCUACCGUGAACGACUCGAGGCGCAGUAUAGGGUGACCACGCAGCUCUUGAAGGAGAACGGAAUUCCUUUCGUGCCGGCCAACAGUGGGGUGUUCAUCUUCAUCAAGCUGACGGCUUGGUUGGAUCACGCGAUCCACCCAGACAAGCACUUACUGGCACUGCAAGAUCAUCAAUCCUCCUCUAUAGCAAGAGGGAGCAAACAUGGACGCAUCGUGAUUUGA